AUCGACCAUCUUUUUUCCGAUUUGCUACACUUAACGCCCAAGUUUUCGGAUCCCUACAGGUUACGUUGUGUCAUACGUCGCAUCAAGUUUUGCGAUUCAUUUUCUCCGAAUUCUUCUGUGAAUUAAUCAAGCAUUUCGAGAUGAAUGCAAAAGAGAAUUCCACAACGCCGACAGCGAAGAGCACAAACGCGUCGAACGCGAAGCCCUACGGCAAGAUCGUGUUGACGUUGCAGAAUUGCCUCUUACCCGAGGAGAAACUCAAUUCCACGCCGUCACAUUUGGAUGGACUUGAUGCAGAGACUGAAACGGAUUUGCGGAUACUAGGAUGCGAACUUAUACAAACGGCCGGUAUUUUGCUCAAGUUACCACAGAGUCUUGGUGGCUAAUGUAGACAAAUGAGUGACGACGUGCACGCUGGAUAUAAGUCGACGUAUGUCGCACAGCAAAAUCAAAGUGUGGCAACGGAAAUAUCUCUGCUCGUGUCCCUAAAGGGUUAAAUGUUGAUAAUAUAUUGGACAUUAUGUUGUAUAAAACAGUAUGAUCUAAUCAUCCUUUUCUUCUAUUCAUUUGUGUAGGUUGCAAUGGCUACAGGACAAGUAAUAUUCCAACGAUUUUAUUAUAGCAAAUCUUUAGUUAGACAUAAUAUGGAAACAACUGCAAUGGGUUGCAUCUGCUUAGCCAGUAAAAUUGAGGAAGCGCCCAGACGUAUCAGAGAUGUGAUUAAUGUUUUCAAUCAUAUAAAACAAGUAUCCAGCCAAAAAGCAAUACAACCUGUGAUUCUCGAUCAGAAUUAUGUAGCUCUGAAGAAUCAAGUAAUUAAAUCUGAGAGAAGAGUGUUGAAAGAGUUAGGUUUCUGCGUUCAUGUAAAACAUCCUCACAAAAUCAUAGUCAUGUACUUGCAAGUGUUGGGAUAUGAAAAGAAUCGCGCUCUGAUGCAACAAAGCUGGAAUUAUAUGAAUGAUUCGUUGCGCUCCGAUGUAUUCCUGCGUUACCAGCCAGAGACAGUGGCAUGUGCGUGUGUUUAUCUAGCUGCUCGUCAUUUGCAACUGCCUUUACCUACAUCACCCGCUUGGUUCUCACUAUUCGGCGUCAACGAAUCUGCUAUCAGGGACGUAUGUCGACGCAUAUUGCGUCUUUAUUCGCGACCGCGCGUGAGACCUGAACAAUUGGAAAAACGUGUCGAGGAAUUGCGACGUCAAUACGAAGAGGCCAGAAGUAAGGCGCGUGGCGGGGAUGUAGAUGGGCAUACGCCGAGUCCACCAUUGCCGAAGCACCACAAUGCCUGGGGUGGAUUUAUCAGUCGCAGUGGUACACACGCAGUUCCUGAGAGAACGAAAUCACCCAGGCGUUCAAAAUCUCCUAGUACUUCUCCAUCACGAGGCGAAGAAACAAAGUAUUCCGUUAAACGGAAAAGGCACAGUAGAAGUAGAUCACGAAGUCAUAGUCAUGGUAGAUCCAAUAAACUCAAAAAGACACAGCGAAGACGAUCAGGCAGCCACAAGUCAUCGCGAAGAUCACGUAGUUACAGAUCCCGAAGUCGAUCUCGGGAUAGGGAUUUGGAAAAGUCAAGCAAACACCGUAGUAAGCGCAGUAGACGGAUACAUUAAACGCAUAUUGAUGUGUAGUAAGAAAUUUUACUUUAUGUUGCAAGAUAUCUCGAAUUAAAUUCUCUUUUUCGAGUCUCAGUUUGUAAUAUAGCAAAUUUUUAUAGGAUUAUCGUAACAUCUUUAUUUCGAAAUUAAUACUCAAUUUUUCGAGAUUUAAUUUGAUUGAGUUUUAUCGCAAUACAACUGUGAUGAUGAUAUGUCAUAUAUUUCAUUAUUACAAGUUUUGCUUCAGCAUUUUCAUUAUUUGUAUAAUUUAUAUUAAAAUCGCUAUGUGAGGCCGAUAAGUGUAUAAUUUUUAAAAAAAUAUUAAAGUAAACAUAAGUAAACAUAAAAUACUUUUUAUGUUUUGUGUGACUUUAUAGAAAUUUUUCGGGAGGAACAAAGAUAAAAAUAAUAAUCUCUAAAUAUGUAAUACUUUUGUAAACUUUUAUACUGCUUGAUAAAUCCAUAACGUUUAACAGCAGCGAAAAUGUUGCCAUAAACAGCAGCAUUUAUGCAUGCAACAGUAUUUAGGAUUCUACUUUUAAAAGUUAUAUCUUUUUUGUUAACUUAUUAAUCAUACUUAUUAUUUAUCGAAUACGAAUCAUUUAAGAUUAAGUUUCAACACUUGGACAUAUAUUCUCAGAAGAGAAUAAUAUUAAUUUGAUACGCAAUUAUAUUUUGUAAAACUGCCAUAUCUCAAGUAAUAUAAAGCAGAAUUACAGAAGAAGGUAUGGAAAUAAAAAUA